AUGAUCUUGUGCGGGGCCUCCGCCUACCCCCGGGUCAUCGACUUCGGGAAGUUCCGGGCGAUCGCCGACGAGGUGGGCGCCAUCCUCAUGGCGGACAUCGCGCACAUCAGUGGCCUCGUGGCCACGGGCGAGCACCCCUCGCCCUUCGAGGCCUGCGAUGUGGUGACCACCACCACCCACAAGUCCCUGCGUGGCCCUCGGGCCGGGAUGAUCUUCUUCAAGUACUCGGAGAAGAUCCCGGACAUCAAGGAGCGCAUCGACAUGGCGGUCUUCCCCGCCCUGCAGGGCGGGCCCCACAACCACCAGAUCGGGGGUCUGGCAGCGCAGCUGCUGGAGGUGGAUAGCGACAUGUUCAAGACCUACGCCAAGCAGGUGAAAGCCAACGCCAAGGCGCUUGCGGAGGCGCUGAUGUCGAAGGACCACAAGCUGGCCUCCGACGGCACGGACAACCACCUGCUGCUCUGGGAUCUGCGUCCCCACGGCCUCACCGGAUCCAAGGUGGAAAAGGUCUGCGAGGCCGCGUCCAUCACGCUGAACCGGAACGCGGUGCACGGGGACGCCAGCGCCCUGUCGCCCGGCGGGGUGCGGGUGGGCACGCCGGCCAUGACCACCCGCGGCUGCUCGGAGCAGGACUUCCAGCGCAUCGGCGAGUUCCUGGACCGGUGCUGCCGAAUCGCUCUGAAGAUCCAGGCGGAGAAGGGCAAGAAGCUCAAGGACUUUGAGGCGGCCAUUGUGGGCCACAGCGACGUGCUGGCGCUGAAGAAGGAAGUGGAGGAGUGGGCGGUCAAGUUCGGCUACCCAGGGGCUUUGCAGCGCAUGGCUGCGUGUAACGCUGAAUUCCUGACCCUGAAAUCCUUCAACUUAGGGCAAGUGAUGCUGUCAGCGAGCAAGUACAUUGGCGGACACUCCGAUAUGACUGGGGGAGCCUUGGUCACUGGGGACGAAGCCAUUGCACAACGGCUGGCCGCUCUGGCAAAGAGCGUGGGCGCCAUCGCGAGCCCCUUUGAGGCCUACUUGGCGCUACGGGGCAUGAAGACCUUGGCCGUCCGCAUGGAGAGGCAGUGCAGCAAUGCGCAGCGGGUGGCGGAAUUCCUGGAGAAGCACCCGCAAGUGACUGAGGUGCACUAUCCGGGUCUCACAAGCCAUCCGCAGCACGAGCUCUGCAUGAGGCAGAUGCGCAGCGGGGGCGCGGUGGUCACGGUGCGUCUCAAAGGCUCUGCGGAUUCGGAGUCCGACCUGGAGUUGAUGAGAAGGUUCUUCGGCCGCCUGCAGAUCUGGGUCCUUGCAGAAUCCUUGGGCGGCGUGGAGAGCAUGAUCAACCACAGCGCCACCAUGUCACACGGCUCGAUGACCAAGGAGCAGCGGGCGGAGGUGGGGGUCUACGACACCACCCUGCGCCUCUCUGUGGGUCUGGAGGACAUCGACGACUUGCUGGCGGAUCUCGAGCACGCCCUCUCCUGA